UAGACAAAAAAAACCCUUGACCAGAACGCAUGAUAUCUCUUGAUUUCCGUAUGUGAAUGAUGAUUAUGAAACACGAAAAGCGUGGUGCAAAUCCAAAUUCUCCCCCCCAAAAAAGGUCACGCGCUAUCUUGUACUUGAUUUUCCAACCAUAUUCUUCAGUUGCGCAAAUCAGCAAUGACGCAAAACACCUCAGUUUUGUCUCCGUCAAAUUCACCAUCCAUCACACCCACAGCCGCCGCCGCCGCCGCAAUCACCCGUCGACUCAGAGCUCCGUCGACGCUGACAACGGUUUCUGCUUCUCGCCCUCUUCAGUUCUCCUGGAUUCGCUUCCAUCUGUACCGAUCAUCCGUCUCUCCUCUUCUCUGCACUGUGAGUCACUCAGUUGAAGAAGAAGAAGAAGAAGAAGAUCGAGAAAUGGCCUCCGAAGACGGCCAAGACCUUCGCAUAGCUAGAAUCGCCUCCGCCAUUCGAGUGAUCCCAAACUUUCCCAAACCUGGGAUUAUGUUCCAGGAUAUCACCACGUUGCUUCUGGACACGAAGGCUUUCAAAGACACGAUUGAUUUGUUCGUCGAAAGGUACAAGGACAAAGCUAUCUCCGUUGUCGCAGGUAUUGAAGCAAGAGGUUUUAUUUUUGGCCCACCUAUUGCGUUGGCUAUAGGAGCAAAAUUUGUGCCCAUGAGGAAGCCGAAUAAGUUACCUGGGGCGGUCAUUUCUGAAGAAUAUUCUUUGGAGUAUGGAACCGACAAGAUGGAGAUGCAUGUUGGAGCUGUAGAAGCAGGGGAGCGCGCUCUCGUCAUAGAUGAUCUUAUUGCAACUGGGGGAACCUUGUGUGCUGCAAUCAGGCUACUAGAACGUGUAGGCGUAGAAGUGGUCGAGUGUGCUUGUGUAAUUGAAUUGCCAGAGCUAAAGGGUCGAGAACGAUUGGGAAACAAACCCUUGUUUGUACUAGUUAAUGCAGCUUGAUUAACGACAUUUGUGCCAUUACUUGGUGUUUCUUGGUGAAGUUCGUUUGAGAAUGCUGAAACUUAUAUAUGAAGUCGUAGAUUUCGAAAGACCAUUUGAUUUUUAUGGGGAGGAAUGGGCUGAUCCUAAUAAUAAAACGUUUGUAAGUUUGAUGGUUUAAGAGACUGGUUGGUGAUGCGCAUUGCGCGGUAAUAAGUUGUUAUAUCAUCGUUGUUUUGUGAAAA